GUUGUUAUGGAUAAAUCAGAAUAUCUUCGCCUACUAUCCGAAGCGUCAAUAAACGAUACCAGCAAAUUCCGAUUCGUCGACUCGGAGAGACCGAGAACCAGAGGACGACCUCCUAAGUAUUACCACCCUCUCCUUCAGAAAGAAAGGGAGUUGGAAACUCUCGUUCGAAAGAUUCUACCGAAAUCCAUUGCUGACGCUCUCCGCCCGAAAGGGUCCAGACUCGCACACUUGUAUGGCUUGCCGAAGACACAUAAAGAACAGUUGGCCGUGCGGCCAAUACUCUCUGCUACUAACACCUACAAUUACUCGCUAGCGAAAUGGCUUGACGACAAAUUGAAACCCCUGUCGUGCAACCAAUAUACAGUGACAGACACAUUCCGCUUUGCUGAUGAAGUACGAGGCUUCGAGAUCAAGAACGGCGAAAUUUUAGUUUCCUAUGACGUCACCUCAUUGUUUACAAAUGUACCAUUGGAGGAAACAAUACAGAUCUUAGCUGAAAAAGCCUUUGCCCAGGAUUGGUUCAACGAGACGCACAGCUUGAACAUCUCUAAAGCGGACCUAAUCGACCUCCUCCGAGCAGCUACGAAAAACCAGCUUUUCCAGUUUGACGGUGCUUUAUAUGAGCAGACAGAUGGAGUCGCUAUGGGUUCUCCCCUUGGACCGUUGCUGGCUAACGUCUUCAUGUGCUCGAUUGAGGAAAACCUCGAACAACACGGUCAACUUCCGCGCUAUUACCGGAGGUACGUCGAUGACACCCUGACCGUAAUGCCUGAUAGGGUGACCGCUGGCCAGUUUUUAGACACCCUUAACUCUACCCAUCCCUCCCUCCAGUUUACUAUGGAAGUCGAACGGGAAGGAUCCCUUCCCUUUCUAGGAACUGAACUGCUUAACCGUGCACCAAAGAUUGAGAGCAAGGUCUACAUCAAAAGAACCAACACGGGUCUCCUUCUGCAUUUCCAGAGUCAUGUUGACAUUAAGUACAAGCGCAGCCUAGUUAACACCAUGGUGGAUCGCGCUUAUCGAUUAUCUUCUUACUGGUCUUUCUUCUCCGAGGAAUGUGACCGCCUUAAAGGGGUUUUUCAUAACUUGAAAUACCCAAAGCCACUGGUUGAAACUACAAUCAAGCGGUUCGUUGAGAGAAGGAUUUCAUCUGCAGAGCCCUGUCCAUCACCAGACGUACCAUCGGAGAUUGAAGCCGGCAGAGAGUUCUAUGAAAUUGAUUUGUUGGUGAAUGGAGACUUUUAA